CGAACCGAAGCAGGGGCACGAAAAAUACCAUCUUGUUGUCAAUGCUCUUGCAUCGACGUCCGACCAAUUGGUGGCCAUCUAAGAUGUCCAGGUUUAGAUGGCAGUGGUCUAUUGCGAUCAUCUUCAGUAUUGACAUACUUGCAGAUGCAAUACGUAUUACUUCCAAGCCCGAAGACAUCACCAAAGUGCUGCAAGGGACGUUGAACUAUAAUGUGAGCUGGUACUGGAACAUUACACCACCGGCUACGAUAUCUCUUCGUGUGGCUGAUAUUCUUGUCAAGGGUGUUAAGAUUGGGGCAUUGGCCGACGGAUCCCCUCCAACUCCAGUAGUUUUCACCGAUUUUAAAUCUCGGUACAGCCUCAGUACAGCGACGUUCAACCCCAUAACACUUACCAUUAAAGAUGUCCAGCCUCAAGAUGCUGGGGAGUAUGCGAUGAUCUUGUCAGAUAAUGGCGGAGAAACUACCUUCGAGGCGUCAAAAUUUACCCUGGAUGUAUUGGUUCCCCCUAGUGUCACUCAUGCAAACAUAACGGUCAACAAGACAAACACCGCAGUACUCAUGUGCAGCGCCACAGGGAACCCAACACCUAACGUGACCUGGACCAGGAGCGGAAAAGAGGAUGUUCUGGGGACUGGGGAGACUCUUACCUUCAGCGAUGUCAAGAUAUCGGACGGGGGGUGCUACGUGUGUACCGCCACUAAUAACAUCGGGAGUGGAGCAAGUGGUACCGUCUGUCUUACCGUGCCAUAUAAGCCAGUGCACACAAACAUCACGGGAGUGGAAAGCUACAACGUUCGUCAAUGUGGAGCUGCGAUUUCCUUGACCUGUUCAGCGGUUGGUGAACCACAACUGAUUAUCUACCACCUCUACAUGGACAAUCUACUGAUCAGAAAAAACAUUAACGGGAUGUUUCACAAUAUUCUAUUAGAUUCAGUAGGGAUUCAUCUCCUCACCUGUGUUCCGAUUAAUGACGCUGGAGUUGGAGAAAACAGAUCUGUGAGCAUGAACGUGACCGAAAAAUUACCGACAAUUUCUAUAACACCUUUACGAGCUACAGUAAAUGAGGGGUCAGUGGUUGUGUUUACGUGUUUAGCGAUUGGCUUCCAGAGCUUCAAGAACUUCUGGAAAAAGGAUGGUGUUUUCAAGGGCGAUGGGAGCUCUCUCACGUUAUCAUCUGUCGGGACGGAUGACAGAGGCAACUACACCUGUAACGUCACUAGUACAUGUGGGACGACGAUGAAAACGGCCUCACUAGAUGUCAUUUACAAACCAGAAAACACGACCCUUGUGUCCAAUUCCACCCUCGGAUGCGUUGGCGACAUUGUCCUGUUGACCUGCUCUGCUGACGGCAAACCCUCCGACGUGACGCACUCUCUUGCCUUGGAUGGAGAGCAUCUACACGCGAGUGAGGCUGGUAUUUUUCUAGUUACCCUGGAGAGGCCUGGCUGGAAUAACUUUACUUGCAUUCCUAGCAAUACCGCAGGGAAGGGGGAGGAAGCAGAUAUCAGCAUUUUCGCAUCAGUGCCUCCGUUGGUUGCAAAGUUUCCCUCAAGCGAGGUUACGAUUAUGGAGGGCCAUCCAUCCAAGUUAAUGUGUAACGUCACUGGCUCACCAGUUCCAAACGCGACUUGGUACAAACAAGGCUUUGAAGGAUGGUAUCACAGUGGGCCGAUGCUUGUUCUGUCAAAGAAAAACGACGCAGGCAGCUACAGAUGUAUUGCGACUAAUGAAGCUGUCUGCAAGAACACGUCUACCUCAGAUUGGAUCAAUGUCACUUUCAAAUACAAACCAGAAAACACGACCCUUGUGUCCAAUUUCACCCUCGGAUGCGUUGGCGACAUUGUCCUGUUGACCUGCUCUGCUGACGGCAAACCCUCCGACGUGACGCACUCUCUUGCCUUGGAUGAAGAGCAUCUACACGCGAGUGAGGCUGGUAUUUUUCUAGUUACCCUGGAGAGGCCUGGCUGGAAUAACUUCACUUGCAUUCCUAGCAAUACCGCGGGGAAGGGGGAGGAAGCAGAUAUUAGCAUUUUCGCAUCAGUGCCUCCGUUGGUUGCCGAGUUUCCCUCAAGCGAGGUUACGAUUAUGGAGGGCCAUCCAGCCAAGUUAAUGUGUAACGUCACUGGCUCACCAGUUCCAAACGCGACUUGGUACAAACAAGGCUUUGAAGGAUGGUAUCACAGUGGGCCGAUGCUUGUUCUGUCAAAGAAAAACGACGCAGGCAGCUACAGAUGUAUUGCGACUAAUGAAGCUGUCUGCAAGAACACGUCUACCUCACAUUGGAUCAAUGUCACUUACAAAUAUAUAAGGUUUAUCAAGCCUCUUCAAUUAUGCCCUAAAAAGGGGACUUCAAGUGUCAACAUCACCAUGGAAACAGACCUUGAUGAAAGCCCGGAUUUUACGUGCAGCACCGGUAGAGCCUCGAUCGUCAGCUUUCCAAACAGCCAACAGGGACGCAAGAAUGCCACAUACGCGAUCGGUGUUAAACACGGAGAAAACGUCACAUGCUGGGUCGACGAUUAUCCCCAAGAGAAGGUCAUCUUCUACUUGGGUAAAGUCACGAAGACCGUCAUGUCUUUCAAGAUACUAAACAGAGAGAUUAUGAUUGUGGAUGGAAGACGUAACGUGAGCUCCGCAGAUUGGCGGAAUAUAAACCAAUUGGUUGUCGACACACUGGAUUCUUGCCUGCGCGACUUCAAUAUCACAUUCAGGUCUGGAAGUGUCGUAGUCGAUGUGAUGUACACUCUAAUGGGUAAUGUGUUAGAUCCACCUGCAUUCUUUAAGCAACAGUUACUCGAACAUGCCACAAAAUACAACUUCAACAUUGACCCUGGUAGCAUUCAAUCGCUGCAAUCGGUACCUGAUCCGUUUCCCACAAUAGAUGACGUCAUACCUACGCAAGACGGCAUAACAGUCACGUGGUUGAACCCAUCUAGUGAAGUCCAGUGCACGAUGCGUGCUAGGGUCCUAGCUGGGAGGUCACGUGACUGGGUGACGUCGUCAGGCUCUAGUAGUUCAGCCUCGCUGUCGUGCGUGUUGGAUGAUCUUGAGCCUGACACUCUGUACGAGGUGGAGGUCACCGUGUCGGUGCGGGGAGACACGAGGCGUGACACGGUGUACAUCAGGACCACCCCCAAAGCCGUCAAGAUUGGGGGCCAGGACUCGGCCAUUGUUGGUCUCGCUGUGGUGGUCGCCAUCUUGGUCUUGGUCAUCAUUGGGCUGAUAGCCUACGUCAUGUGGCUAAAACGAGCAGGAAAAAAGUCAAAAAGAGACAGAACUCUCGAGCAUGCUGAUAACACAGGCUUCUCACCUGAACAAAUACCAAUGCAAGGGACUUCGUUUAACUACCAAGCACAGAAUAAAGCCAUGGAAUACCAGGUAGCUCAGGAUGCCAUGCGUGACAACAUCCCAAACUACGAGGACGUCACGCAAGGGGGAAAUUUCACGCAACACGCCUCGGAGGACACAACACCACGUGGUCAUCAUUCUGUGGCCAAUGAGCAGAGUGCAACCGUAACGCAAGGGGACAAUAUCACGCAAUACGGAGCCAUGGGUGGGUUUCCGUCACGUGAUUCUGACAUUCUGGCCAAUCAGCAAAAUAAUGCCAUCGUUGGCACGACAGGCAAGGUGGCAACUAACAACGCUUGUCACAAAGGCGAGGCAAGCUUUGAGAACAUAAGAAAACGAGGUUUACCACCAACAGUAUACCAAUCUCUGCAGACAAUAAAACAACAGAGCGAGAAUGCGCAGUACGCCUCGUUGAAUCUUGGGACACGCAUAGCGACCAUGCCUGGUGAUAGGGACGAGAGGGGAGUGGGUUCAUUGAAAAGUGGGAGUGAGUACCAGGAGUUGGACAGAGCUGCCGUCUCGUAUUCGGGUUAUGAGCAGAUUGGCCCGAAUAAAACAACAAGCACGUUACAUAAACAAUAAAUUAUAAUUGAUAGAGACGUUUGCUUAUCCGAGUGUAUAGAUUUAUGUUAAUGUUAAUGUUAUAUGUUGUAUGUCGGUACAGUUGCCGCCAUUCUGGUAGCUUUUAGUCCCAGUACCUCCUAUUUUGUAAAUACUGGCGAAAUCCACGAGGUGAAACUCGCUAGGAAUUGAUUGCUACCAUAAUUUCCUUAAUUGGAGGAGGGGAGGCUUAUUGGGAAUGAGUUGCUUAUCUCAUUUUGGCAAAACAUGCCAGGAUUCGAUUGAGAUGACAACCCGGGUGCUGGGUGCUAAUGGUCAUCUAUGAGGGGGAGGGAGGGUGUUUGAGGGUCGGUUUUAAGAGGAACAGAGUGAGGGAAGCCGAUAAUAUGUAGGGCUUAUAACAAGAACCAUGAAUAUACACAUAUUUAGGGAACACAAAUAAAUAUUAUGAUCGUGCUA